AUGAAUGUCACCAAUAUCAGACUCACUGAACCAAGCAACCAAUCCACCGUUACAGUGUUCACUCUGGUUGGCCUAACCGAUUCCGCUGAACUACAGAUGCUUCUCUUUGUGGUUUUCACAUUUGUUUAUGCUAUGGCUCUAGCUGGCAAUUUCCUUCUCAUUUUUACCAUAUGCACUUGCAGAAAACUCCACAGUCCCAUGUAUUUCUUACUCAUCAAUUUGUCCAUAGUGAACGUGUUUUCUAUCUCAGUUACAACUCCCAAACUCAUCCAGACUCUUUUGGCUCAUCAAAACAAUAUCUCAUUUUACGGCUGCAUCACUCAGAUGUAUCUCUUUGUAUGGGCUUUAGUAACAGAACUUCUGCUUCUCUCAUUCAUGGCUUUUGAUCGCUAUGCUGCUAUCUGCCACCCCUUGCAGUACACAAUCAUCAUGAAGAAAGAAGUGUGUAUCACAAUAGUGACUGGAGUUUGGGUUACCGGAAUGAUAAAUUCUGCAAUUCAUACUGGACUUUUAUUGCAAUUGUCUUUUUGCAGCUCCAAUGUUAUCAACCAUUUUUUCUGUGACUGGCCCCCAAUUAUAAAUCUCUCCUGCUCAGACACCAGCCUUAAUGAGAUCAUGGCUUUUGUGGCUGAUCUAGUCUUCGGAAUUGGUAGCUGUGGACUGACUCUAACGUCAUAUUGGUUUAUCUUGAGAGCUAUCUUUCGAAUCCGCUCCACUGAAGGAAAGAAGAAAACUUUCUCGACAUGUUCCUCCCAUCUCAUUAUUGUUACGUUUUACUUUUCUGCUGUCAUCUACACAUAUAUUAGGCCCGCUUCAGUCUUCACUCUGAACAAAGACAAGAUGAUUUCUCUCCUUUAUUCAGUGGUCACCCCAGUUGUCAAUCCAUUCAUAUACACCUUGAGAAACAAAGACUUUAAAGAGGCACUCAAGAAACUUAAUCUGAGAGGCCGACUCCCUCAAGGACUGCAAGACUGA